GCUACGGACACAUUUGACUGUGUACGGACAGGUUGGCGAUCCCUGGACUCCACCCACUGUAUCCAGUAUGUGUGCCUCCGUUUAGGAGUUUCUUCCUCACUUUAGGCGGCUGCUUCCAGGUUUCUUCUAGCUUAUGCUUAGGAAAGGACCGAUUUUAGCAUGUAUAGAUACGUAAGAAAUCUGAUUUGUACUUUAAGUUUUAUUCAUCAUUGCUUUAUGGACACAUCUCUUAAUAUAAAUGUUACAUUAGAACCGUACGAUUUGCUCUUCGACAAUGCACUGGAAGCUUAUUACAAGGGAGACUGGAUGUCGGUCAUCCUUAACAUGGAGCGGGCGCUUCUGAACAAGGGGGCAAUCCGACGUGUCAAGGCGCAUUGUCGCCUUACGUGUGCAAACCUGAACGCUUUCGGCGACCCAGUGCCGGGCUUGGGAUUUCCAGUACCGGGCAACGGUUCUGUGGAGGAUCUCAGCUUUUUCCAGAAAAUUUUAAAACGGGCUGACUGCGUAAAUUCAUGCGAAGCCGAAAAUUUGGGCCCACCAUCUAAACACAAAAUCAGCGAGGAAGUGGAACUUGAGUUUCAGAAAAGAACACCCUAUAACUAUCUACAAGUUGCCUACUUCAAGAUCAACAAGUUGGAUAAAGCAGUGGCUGCUGCCUACACAUUUUCUCUGGCCAACCCUGAGCACAUGGAAAUGAGGCAGAAUCUGGAGUACUAUAGGAUGAUGGCAGGAGUUCAGGAGAUCCACUUCAAAGAUCUGGAAGCAAAGCCCCACAUGUCAGAGUUCCUGCAAGGAAAAAAGUUUUACAGUUUGGAUGAGUUUAGCCUUGCAAUUGAGCACUUUGAGGCAGCAGUGGACGAAUACUUUGCUGCCGAUCUGGAAUGCCGUGCCCUCUGUGAGGGAAAUUACGACUAUGAUGGUUAUAACUACCUGGAGUACUCUGCUGAUCUUUUCCAGUCAAUGACAGAUCACUACAUGCAAAUUCUUAACUGCAAACAAAAUUGUGCCAUCGAACUAGCCGUCCUGCCGGGCUCUGAAAAACCUUUGGAAGAUUUCCUGCCAGCACAUUUCAACUACUUGCAAUUUUCAUACUUCAAUAGGGAGAAUUAUGAGAAGGCCAUUGAAUGCGCCAAAACAUACUUGCUGUUUCACCCAGAGGAGGAAGUCAUGAAUCAGAAUGUGGCUUACUAUUCUGCUGUUUUGGGAGAAGAGCAGGCUGUGGGCAUUUCUGCCAGAGAGGUGAUCCAGAAGCACAUUAUACAAUCUCUGUUGGAGAAGGAACUGCUGUAUUUUGGUUAUGAAGUUUUUGGAAUUGCAUUUGUUGAUCCGGAUUCAUGGACUCCUCCUGAUAUCAUGCCUCAGAAGCUGAGAGACAAACAGAAGACAGAGAGAGAGACAGCAGCUCGGAUAACAGAGGAAAUUGGCCAUCUUAUGAAGGAGAUUGAGACACUUGUGGAAGAAAAGACUAAGGAGUCAACUGACAUUGCCCAGAUUGUGCGAGAAGGUGGAAGUGUGCCGUUUGGUGAUAUCGUUGUGGCCAUGACAUCUAGAUCCUUGAAUGGGUCUCAGAGGGUGGUCUUGGAUGGGGUGAUAACCGAUGAUGAGUGUCGGGAGCUACACCAGCUGUCCAAUGCAGCUGCAUUAAAAGGUGAUGGCUACAGGGGGAAGCCCUCACCUCAUUCUCCUAGCGAGAUGUUCCAAGGAGUUACUGUCCUGAAAGCUGCAAAGAUGGGGCAGGAGGGGAAGGUCCCUCUCAAGAGUGCCCAGUUGUACUUCAACCUGAGUGAGAGAGUGCGCAAAGUUGUAGAGUCCUACUUCCGCUUAGAAACUCCACUUUAUUUCUCCUACACUCACUUGGUCUGCCGUUCCGCAUUUGAUGACAAGCAAGAAGGCCGUGAGGAUUUAAGUCACCCUAUACACGUGGACAACUGCCAGCUGAUAUCAGAGCUCAAUGAAUGUGUCAAAGAGCCACCUGCAUACACACACAGGGACUACAGUGCCAUUCUCUACCUGAAUGAUGACUUUGAAGGGGGUGAUUUCAUCUUCACAGAACUUGAUGCUAAAACCAUUACGGCCAAAGUGAAACCUCGUUGCGGCAGGGUCAUUGGCUUCGGAGCUGGGAAGGAGAAUCCCCACGGUGUGACGGCUGUCACAAAGGGCCAAAGAUGUGCUGUUGCUUUGUGGUUUACCCUAGACCCACGCCACAAUGAAAAGGAGCGAAUCCAGGCUGAGGACCUAUUCAAAAUGUUAUCUAGUCCAGUGGAUGCUGAUUUCCUUGAAGUGAAGAAAAAUAUCAAUGAACCAAUGGCCUCAGUCCCAGAAACUAUGGCAGGAGUGCAAUCCCAAGUUCCGUCUGAUGAAAUUAUUGAUCAACAGCCUGGUAAUCCAGUAGAUGAAAAAGGAAUGACGAAAGAUGCUGAAAAACCAGCAAAUGUACAGGGACAACAAGAACAGAAAAAGGUACGAAAAACAAAGGUCAAAGAGGCAGAAAAAGAUAAGCAAGCUGUAAAGCAGAUGGAUACACUGGUCAUUGCAAAUAUGGACAAACCAGCUGUUGACAGGAUGGAUGAACAGACUAUUGACAAAUCAGACAUUUCCAGAAACGAAAGCCGACAAAGGGACCAAACGCCAGUUGCAAAAGCUUUUACAGAUAAGAUCAGUGAAGAUUCUGGGACAAAACCAUCAGUAACAGACACAAACCAGUCAGGAUUAAAGAGCAAGGACACUCAGACUCAUAAGUCUGACUCCGAAGAGAAGAAGGAUGAGCUGUGAGGGUUUUGUUGUGUUUUUUUUUUUUUUUGGUUUUUUUUUUUUUGGUUUAAAUAGAGCAACAAUUUUUUUUGUACUUAUUGGCAAAUUUGAACCAUGUUUCUGACAUUAGAAAUGUUUUUGAAAUUAGAAACCAUUAGAAAUAUUUUAGGUUAUAUCCCUCAAGGAAUGGAGUGGAUAAAUGGAUACAUGGAACAGACAGUAUUGACAUAUAAAAAAAGAAUAAAGCCAUAAUUUCCCAUGAAUGUAUUGCUCCUGAUAAACACAAGGUGGCAGUGCAGACUGAACAUCUAAUUAUGUAAUUGGACAGUAAGAAAUCCAGAAACUGGGCAAUAAUAUAAAAAUUUUGUCAAAUUUCCUUGGCAUCAUUAAGAAAACAAAAUUUUUGACCUGUGUGUGUGUGUGUGUAUGUAUGUAUGUAUGUACGUGUGUGUGUGUGUGUGUAUGUAUGUAUGUAUGUAUGUAUGUACGUGUGUGUGUGUGUGUAUGUAUGUAUGUACGUGUGUGUAUAUAUAUAUGUGUGUGUGUAUGUGUGUAUAUAUAUAUGU